GAACACUGCAGCCGUGCUUAAGAGAGAGCGGAUAUCUACACUCUGAAUGAUUUCCGACUGAUUCCCGAGACACAUAAAACAGUUCUGAUAUAGCCGUUUCCCUAUGUGAUGUGCUUGAUGCCCAUGAUCACCUGGCAUAGACGUCAGCCAGACAGCCAUUUACAAUGUCAGGUUAUCAGAUGCUCGAGGUGAUGCGGUUUGCUGUGGAGCAGAUCAAUAACUCCACCACCAUCCUACCUAAUGUCUCUCUUGGAUAUGAGAUCUUUGACUUUUGCUUGCACAACCAGAAUUUUCCUUCAAUCCUCGAUUUUAUCUCAGACAAUGGACGAAUAAAUGUAUCAGCCGAAGAGAACAAACAUAAUGUCAUUGGCCUUAUUGGUCCUUACGGCAGCACUGAAGCUUUGGCCAUUGCACCAUUGUUCAUGAUGGACCUCAUUCCAAUGAUUAGCUAUGCAUCCUCCAGCUACGACCUAAGCAAUAAGUGGGUCUAUCCAAGCUUUUUGAGGACUGUACCAACCAACCAAGAUAUAAUUAUGGUAAUAAUUAAGCUCAUUCAGCAAUUUGGAUGGAAUUGGGUAGCUUUCAUUAGUAGUGACGACUCAUACAGUCAAAACGGCCUGGAAUUAUUUCGCAGUAGCAUCAAAGACACCAGCAUCUGCUUGGCCUUUUUCUAUGAAAUUACACUGGAAUCUAAUUAUACAGAGAUCCUAAAGAGGAUAGAAUCACUCAGCAUCAAUGUGAUCAUAGUCUUCACACUGGAAGACACUGCCCGGGCGUUUGUCGAAACAGCCGUCAGAAUCAACAUAAGAGACAAAGUUUGGAUAGCAGGCGAUGCAUGGUCUAUGGACGCAGAACUUUCCACUUGGCCUGGCAUUGGGCAAAUCGGGACUAUCUUCGGUGUCACAGCAACAACUCUGAAUUUGCCUGGAUUUGAUGAAUAUAUCUACCAAACAAGGCUCAGUGAUGAAAAUGAUAAUUGUGUGAAUUGUGAAGACAGAGAGAAGUGCAAUCAGGUUUGUGAUAACUGCAUGAGUGAGAACCCAGAUGCCAUUAUAAAGGAAAGCCCUACAUACUCAUUCUCCAUCCAGGCAGCUGUGUACACCUUUGCCUAUGCACUCCAUCAGGUGCUCAACUGCAGCAUGACGGAGUGUGACCCAGCUCGAGACAUACCGCCUUAUGUGGUAAUCCAUUUGUUUGUAAAAGUACACGUACAGAAGAGUAAAUAAAUAAAUAAAUAUUUGUACAUAUAUAAAAUGUAAUUACUUGUUUAGAUGUUCUCAGAAUUAUUAUUAUUACAUUAAAAAAAUCUAAAAAGUGCUUAAUUCACAAGUAUUCACCCCCUCAAUUUGAGUCUCAGAUUUGUAUCUAUGAGCUUUGUACAUUUUGAUUUUGGCAUUUUUCAGGCCAUGCCACACAUUUUCAAUUGGAUUUAAGUCUGGACUUUGACUCAGCCAUUCCAAAAUAAAAUACAAACCUUUUUUUUUCUUUUCUUUUCAAGUCAUUCCUUUGUAGUUUUUGCCUUGUCCAUAGUCCUGUUGGAACAUAAAUAUUUUUGCCAUAGAUGCAGAUGGCUGGCUUACUGGAACAGGUUCUUCUCUACAAUUUGCUUAUAUUUGGU